AGGCUUUGUUCGUGCGAUGCGUGGCGGACAGGUGACACAGCAGAAAUGGCGAGAUCAUCUAACUCUUCUUCUUCUUCAUUCUUCAAAUUGCUUCUCUGCACCUAUAAACCCUAACCGUUUAAUUCUAUUAGUUUUCUGUAUAAUAUCUCUCUCUCUCUCUCUCUCUCUCUCUAUUUUGUCCUUUUGACGCACUGCACAGAUCUCAUCUUUUUUAUUCAGUACAUUCUCAGGAAUGGCGGAGGUGGUGAAACUGCUGUAUAUAGUGGUGGUGGACGAGGAGGAGAAGAAUGAGAAAGGGAAAGAGUCAUUCCGAUAUACGCGUCCGGUUUUGCAGAGCACUCUGCAACUCAUGGGAUGUAAAGCGCGUCACGCUUUCAAGAUUAGCCAAAGGGUUUUUGAGCUGAUGAGGAGUGAACAUUCAAGUGAUGCUCUACUUCCUAAAGAAGUGGAAGUAAGUGGGAUUGAUCUUUCAAAAGCGAAUUGGUGGAAGGAUUAUGGAAGCAGGAGUCUAUCAUUUGAGCUGUACAAAAGGCGUACCACUGUAAUUGUUAGAAGAGAGACUUUCUUAAAUAUUGUUUGUGAUUCUUUGACUGAAUAUAAGUAUGUGGGUCCUAACCAGAGAGCAGACUUAGUUUUGGCAUGCAGAAUUCGAGAAAGGAAGGAAUCUAUAACUGUGCUGUUGUGUGGCACUAGUGGCUGUGGCAAAUCUACUUUGUCUGCACUGCUGGGCAGUAGAUUAGGAGUUACGACUGUAAUUUCUACCGACUCUAUACGGCAUAUGAUGAGGAGUUUUGUUGACGAGAAACAAAAUCCUCUGCUCUGGGCUUCAACAUAUCAUGCAGGGGAGUUUUUGGAUCCUAAGGCAGUUGCAGAAGCCAAGGCUAAAAAGAAGGCAAAGAAGUUGGCUGGCAUUGUAAACUCAUAUUCCAAGGAUGAAGCGUCUGAUGGUUCAUCCAUGGUGAAAUCAGAUGGUCAAGCACUAGAUAUGGGUUCUGGUGCUGCUGAAUAUAUUAGCCCUAAACAAAUGGCAAUUGAAGGAUUCAAGGCACAAAGUGAGAUGGUGAUUGACAGCCUUGAUCGUCUAAUAACUGCAUGGGAAGAGAGGAAAGAAUCGGUGGUUGUUGAGGGUGUUCAUUUAAGCCUUAAUUUUGUGAUGGGGCUUAUGAAGAAACAUCCUUCGAUCAUACCAUUCAUGAUAUAUAUUACGAACGAAGACAAACACUUGGAACGAUUUGCUGUUCGUGCAAAGUAUAUGACUUUGGACCCAGCUAAAAACAAAUAUGUGAAAUACAUUCGUAACAUCAGAACAAUCCAAGAUUAUCUAUGCAAACGGGCUGAUAAGCAUCUUGUGCCCAAAAUCAACAACACAAAUGUUGACAAGAGUGUAGCAGCCAUCCAUGCAACAGUUUUCAGCUGCCUUCGCAGGCGUGAGGCAGGGGAGCCACUAUAUGAUCCUGCCACAAAUACGGUUGCUGCUGUUGACGAGGAGUACAGGAACCAGUGUGCUGCCAAUUCAAUGAGCUCUAAAGGGAUGUUUCAACUUAUCCAGAGGAAGGGUUCUUCUAGGCAUUUGAUGGCUCUUGUUAAUACUGAUGGGUCUGUGGCAAAGGCAUGGCCUGUUGAUUCUAUGUAUAGUAGUGGGAAGUCUCUAAUGGGUUAUGGGACUGACAAUGGUAUAGGGAUCCCUAUGUAUGGACCAUUGCAGAUCGGUAAGGCUGAGCCAGUUAAUCUUCAGUUUGGCCAUUUUGGAAUCAGCGCUUGGCCCAGCGAUGGUGGUACAAGUCAUGCUGGAAGUGUUGAUGAGUCGAGGGCUGAUUGGACUGAUACAUUAAGUAAAUAUCACUCUUCUUGUUGUAGCUCACCUCGGAUGUCUGAUGGUCCUGCCAAAGAGCUCAAGGAGGAACAAUCAGUGCAUGGCAGCGAUGAAGAAGUAGAUGAUCCGCCAGAGGUGGAUAGUGACGAAGAUUACAGUGAUGAUGGUGAUGAACAUGUCCAUGAAGAGAUUGGCUCGGUUGACGAGGAGUCCACAAAAUCUGAUGAAGAGUAUGAUGAUCUAGCAAUGCAGGAUAUGCAACAGAAUGGUUAUUGGUCAGACGACGACGAGGAGUCAAAAGAUAAAGUGUGGCCUACCACUGGUAACGAGAUGAACCCCUUGAAAGAAGAUAAGUAUUUGCAGAAUCUUGAUCGGUUCCUUCGAAGUAGAAGUGAGCCACUGGGUGAGCCAUUAUACCUGUACUCUUCAUUGCUUGUGGAAAAGGGAGGGGGAAGAUUGUCCAACUCUGGCCGUGUCAAAAGGAGAGAACGCUCCCUCAGCAUUCCAGCCAUAGGGAAACAUGGAUCUGUGGUUAGCGGCCGAAUUCUCUCUGGGACCCCAGACAUGUAGUAUAUCAAUUUUGUGCCGACUUCUAGUUUCCUCGCCCAUUUCAUUUUUUUUUUCCUCCUAACUUCUAGUUGAUGAGUCAUGAGUUGUAAGACUUGGAAUAGCUUUGUUUAGUGUUUUUUUCCCCCUCCCCGUUUAAUGCUUCUAGUAAAUUAUGGGGUGGGGGCAUAGUGGGUUCACCAAAGUCGAGUAUGCAAAUAAAGGGAGAUGGAUAACUGCUACGUUUUCGUGGCAUUUGCUUAGCGAGUGGCAGGUGGUGUAAUGUUGUGGGAUCCGGUAGGCCUGACUAACGAGUCAAAUCGAAAUGGAGUCGGCCUGAAAUCGGUUUAGAACUGCAUUCUGAUUUAACGUUCAAGAAAAUUGGAGUUGUAGUUUCAGCGAUUUUGGUUCAAA